AGACGUAUUUUUUUUUUUUUUAUUUACAUUUUUUUGUUUGUUUUUUUUUUUUUUCUCUUAGAUAAAUGUAGAUAAAUUCAGAUAUGUAUGUAUGUAAGUUGCAGUUUGCACGCAAUACGUGCAUAAUAAAUAAUUGCGUAUUUAUUUUUUAAAAUAUUAUUUUUCUUGUCCAAAUUUUAACAAAUCUAUGGUGAAUAAUAAUAAUAAUUGGAAAUUUAUGUUUGUUGGAAAAGUAAAACACUUUGAAAAUAAUUGUCAAAGCUAAUUGAUGCAUCAUCAUCAUCAUCAUCAUUGUUUAUGUAAAAAUGUCAUUAUUUGCAAAAAAUGAUGAACGAUGCAGUUAUAAUGAGAGUGCAGGAAUUACUACUACUCUUGGAAUUGAUGAGGCAUGUAUCAGUAUAAUAAAUAAAUACAAUUGGCCAAUAUCACUGUAUUCAAAAUUUGAUAAUUGUCAUCAGUGUGAUUUUAUACCAUGGACAAAUAUCAGUAAAAAUAGCAACACAAUACUUGUCUUGUCAACAAAAUAUUUACAAAAUUUAAACUACAAAGUACUUGAUGUUGAUGACAAUGAUGGCAUUAAUAACAACAGCUCAUGUCAAACAGUAACAUAUAAUUUUAUUGAUCAUGGUCAUUAUGGUUGGAAUUUAACAAUGGAUAAUAAUUGUUCACAAAUAAUAUAUGAAAUAGUACAACCAAAUAAUCCAUAUUUUCCAAUUUUUUUGGCUUUGUUUGUAUUAUUAACAGCAUCAAUUAUAUUCACAUCAACAAGCUUUGUACUAAAUACUUUAAAAAAUAUAAAAAAGUUGAAAAGAAAUGAUGAAUUAAUGGAAAAUGAUAAUGAUGAUAAUAAUUUAUUGACACAAGCAUCAACAUCAACAGCAAUAAUACAAACAUCAUCAUCAUUAUCUUUAUCAUCAUCAUCGUCAUCAUCAUUAUCAAGAACAGAUACAAGGACAGGUGUUGCAGCAACAACAACAGCAUCAAAAAUAACAUCAAUUAAAAUAACAAAAUCAUCAACAAGACUACAAUCAAUUGAUGCAUUUCGUGGUAUAUCAAUAUUACUUAUGAUAUUUGUUAACAAUGGUGGUGGUAAAUAUGUUAUAUUUAAUCAUUCACCAUGGUAUGGCCUGACAAUUGCUGAUUUGGUAUUACCAUGGUUUUUAUGGAUAAUGGGAAUGACAAUGGUAUUAUCAUUACGUUCACAAUUGAGAUUAUCAAUAUCACCAAUGAGAAUUAUUUAUAAAGGUUUUAAACGUUCAUUGAUAUUAAUAAUACUUGGUAUUAUUGUUAAUAGUUUAACAGCAAAUCAAUCAAAUAAACAUUCAGAAAGACGCCUUGAAAAUUUAAGAUUUUUUGGUGUAUUACAGCUAUGUGGAAUAACAAAUUUUAUAUCAUUAUUAAUUGAAAUGAUUGGCAUUAAGAUUAUUCGUAAUUUUCAAUAUAGAAAUAGACUAUCAUACUUACAAGAUAUACUUGAUGCAUGGAAACAAUGGUUAAUUGUCGUAAUAAUUAUUUCAAUAAAUUUAACAAUACAAUAUUUAUUAAUUGUACCAGGUUGUCCAAGUGGUUAUUUUGGACCAGGUGGUUAUGAUAAUCAUAGUCAAUUGAUAAAUUGUACUGGUGGUGCUGUUGGUUAUAUUGAUAGAAAAUUAUUAUCAAGUCAUAUUUAUAAUAAAACAAAUAAUAUUAUUUAUGGUAAAAUUAAUAAUUAUGAUCCAGAGGGCUUGAUGAAUAUAUUAUCAUCAAUUUUAACUGUACAAUUUGGUAUACAUGCUGGACGUAUAUUAUUUUGUUAUUAUUUGAAUAAUAUAUCAAAAAUAUUCAGAUGGUUUAUGUGGUCAAUUAUUUGUAUUAUUAUUUGUUUGCUAUUGUGCAAUGGUGAUAUUUAUAAUCCAACUGGUAUUAUACCAAUAAGUAAAAAUCUAAUGACACUGUCAUUUAUAUUGUUAACUUGUAGUUUGGCAUUUUUAUUAUUUUUAAUAAUAUAUUAUUUGAUUGAUCAUCGUCGUGUAUGGAAUGGUGCACCAUUUAUAUAUUCUGGUAGAAAUUCAAUAUUUAUUUAUAUGGCACAUUAUUUAACAAUGAAUUGUUUUCCAUGGUCAUGGCAAAUUUCACCACCAUUAUCACAUGCCAAUGUUCUUGCUAUGAAUAUUUGGACAACAAUGCUAUGGUCAAUUGUUGCAUAUUACAUGAAUAAAAAAGACAUAAUAAUAACUGUUUAAAUUUUUAUUAUUAAUUAAUAAUUAAUGAAUAAUAUUUUUUUAUAAAUUGUUAUUUACUAUAUGUAUAAAUAAUAAAUAAGAAAUAAAAUUGUCAUUUUUAUUAUUGUCAAC